ACGAAUACACUCUUUGCCCACCCUGCGCCCAAUCUCGUCGCCCCCAAACCCCAUCCAUCCCUUCCUCCUCCCGAGCAGCCUCCUCGCCGACGAAAGUGCCGGAGAGCUUUCCAGAAGGUCAGGGGGAGGGAUGGGCGAGUUCGACGACUACUGGGCGCGGGCGUACAGGGGCGACCCCGCGGUGCCGCACUCCGACCCGCAGCGGCUCAUCUCCACCUGGACCGGCGCCUUCGCCCUCGGCGCCGCCGCCUGCGUACACCACCACGUCUCCGGCCUCGCCUCCAACAUCAAGUCCCUUCCCCACAGCUGGCAAGACAUGACAAUGAUGCUCGAUCAGAAGCGCUGGAAGAAAAUUCUUGACAAGAAGCAGCAACAAGCUUAAGUUCCAUAACCUUCACCGCUUGGGCCACAGUUGGAAGAGCUUUCUAUCUUGCUGUUGGGCAUGGCAGAGGAAGUUCUGCAUCAGUUUGGUAUUUGGAUAGAGUUUUUCUACCUCUUGUUUCCUUCCAUGGUGUUGGAACCUCAUUCUUGAAGUUGUACGUGUGACCGGUUGUAUUCAUCUGCUGCCAUUGUGAUCUACAUAUACAGCUUUCUUGGGAAAUGGUGAUAUUUAGUAGUAAAUGCUUGCAAUCCUA